AUGGCGGCGGCCGCGCCGAGGGACCCGCCUCAGGGCUGUGUGACCUUUGAGGACGUGGCCAUUUACUUCUCGCAGGAGGAGUGGGGGCUCCUUGAUGAGGCUCAGAGAUGCCUGUACCACAAGGUGAUGCUGGAGAACUUUUUACUUACAGCCUCAAUGGUUUGUUUGCAUGGAACAGAGAAGAAAGAGACACCUUCUGAGCAAAAUGUUUCCCUAGAAGCUUUGUCACAGGUCAGGACUCCAAAGGUAGGUCCAAUCAGCCAGAAGGCUCACCCCUGUGAGAAAUGUGUCCCAAUCCUGCAAGACAUUUUGCACUUGGCUUACCUACCUGGGCAGAAACCAUACUUGACUGGGGCAUGUGCAAACCUACGACAGCUUCAGAAGCAUUUCAGUGCAAAGAAAAGUGACAUGGAUAGGGCAUCAUUUGUAAAGAGUUGCAUAUUCCAUGUGUCAGGGCAUCCCUUCACUUGUAGGAAGGUUGGAAAGGACUUCCCAGCCACUUUGGGUCUUCUCCAGCACCAGAUCACUCCCACUGGUGAGAAACCCAACAAAAUCACCAAGUGUGGGGAGGCCUUUCAUGGUAGGAAAAGUCAUUACAAAGUCCACACUGGAGAAAGGCCUUACGAGUGCAGUGAAUGUGGAAAAUCUUUUAGGCAAAGAGCCACCCUCAUUAUACACCAGAGAGUUCACACUGGAGAAAGGCCUUAUAAAUGUGGCGAGUGUGGAAAAUCCUUUAGUCAACAAAGCUACAGCCUCGUUGAACACCAGCGAAUUCAUAGUAGAACAAGGCCCUUUGAGUGUGGCCAGUGUGGGAAGUCCUUUAGCAGAAGAGCCAUCUUCACUAAACACCAGAGAAUUCACACUGGAGAAAGGCCUUAUAAAUGUGGCGAGUGUGGGAAAUCCUUUAGUAGAAGCACCAGCCUUAUUCAGCACUGCAGUAUUCACACUGGGGCAAGGCCUUAUGAGUGUGGGCAGUGUGGGAAAUCCUUCAGGCAAAAGUCUGUCCUUAUUCAACACCAGGUAGUUCACACUGGACAACGGCCUUAUGAAUGUGGCGAAUGUGGGAAAUCCUUUAGCCAGCGCUCCAGCCUCAAUCUCCACCGAAAAUUUCACACCAGGGAGAGGCCCCAUGAACGCAGGAAGUAUGGGAAAUCCUUUACUCCAAACAGCUAA